AGGCAGCUGUGUUCACGGCCUUCCCACAACACAAGGCAGCGUCUCAUGGUUCAUUCAAGUCAAACACAUACAGCGUUUGACUACUUUAAACGACAUUCACUCGCUCCAGCUGGUGUUAUUACGGUGCCGGUGGACCUACGCUUACUUACCGAACGUCUCCACCAGCUAGCUUGUCAUGGCGGACGUCAGCGAGGUUUUAAUGUCGGUUUUGUCCACAAUUCGAGUGCCGAAGCCCGGGGACCGCGUCCACAAAGAUGAAUGCGCCUUGUCAUUUUCCUCCCCGGAAAGCGAAGGAGGUUUGUACGUGUGCAUGAACAGCUUCCUGGGUUUUGGAAGUAAAUAUGUAAAAAUGCACCACGAUCGCGCUGGUCAGAGGGCUUACUUGCACAUCACCAGGACUCGAAAGGCCAAGAAGGAAGACGAUACCAGCUCAGGAUCAGGACACCCACCCAAGAAGAAGCCCACUAGACUGGCAAUAGGGAUCGAAGGCGGUUUUGAUGUGGCGCAGGAGCACUACGAGGAAGACUACAAGGUAGUCAUUUUUCCUGACAGACAGGAAGUCACAUCGGAGGACCUUGAAUCCAUGCCUGACGUCGUCAAAGAACGAGUAUCCCUUUCAAUGGCGGGCAUCAUAGCUGCUGACUCGGCGUCUCACACCUUACAAGUACAACAGUGGGACGGCGAGGUGCGACAAGAGUCACGAUUCGCCGCGGACCUCAAGCAGCUGGACAACGGUGUCAAGAUCCCUCCGAGCGGCUGGAGGUGCGAAGUGUGCGGCCUCCAGGAGAAUCUCUGGAUGAACCUGACGGACGGCAAAGUGCUCUGCGGUCGCAGGUAUUUCGAUGGCUCUGGCGGCAACAACCACGCCUUGCAGUACUUUCAGGAGACAGGGUAUCCCCUAGCAGUUAAACUGGGAACCAUCACCCCCGACGGAGCAGAUGUUUACUCUUAUGAUGAGGAUGACAUGGUGCUAGACUCCAAGUUACCGGAGCACCUUUCGCACUUUGGCAUCAACAUGAUGACCAUGGAGAAAACCGAGCGAACCAUGACGGAGCUGGAAAUCGCCGCGAACCAGCGCGUCGGAGAAUGGGAAGUCAUCCAAGAGUCCGGGACCACCCUCCGUCCGCUGUACGGGAAAGGCCUGACCGGCAUGAAGAACCUGGGAAACAGCUGCUACCUCAACUCUGUCAUGCAAGUGCUCUUCACCGUUCCAGACUUUGUGAGCAAGUAUGUGGACAAGAUAGACAAGAUUAUUGAAGAGACCCCAAGUGAUCCCACUCUAGACUUCAAAACCCAAGUAGCCAAACUAGGUCACGGGCUGUUGUCGGGCGAAUAUUCCCAACCAGCACCAGAUCUUGGGGAUGAAAACGGUGCUGCAGAGUCCAAGGAAUACCAAAUCGGCAUAGCACCAAUAAUGUUCAAAGCUCUUGUCGGCCGGGGUCACCCGGAGUUCUCCACCAAUCGACAGCAGGACGCUCAGGAGUUCCUGUUGCACUUCAUAAAUAUGGUGGAGAGAAACUGUCGCUCAGGGCCCAACCCUUCAGAAGCGUUCCGCUUCCUGGUGGAAGAGAAGAUUGUAUGUCAGCAGUCCCAGAAGGCCAAGUACACACAGCGGGUGGAUUACAUCAUCCAGUUGCCUGUGCCCAUGGACCAGGCCAUCAACACAGAUGAGCUUCAGGAGGUGGAGCGUCAGCGUGAGAACGGCGACUCAACGGUCACGCCCGUGCGUGCGCAAAUCCCCUUCUCUGUUUGCUUGGCUGCACUUAGCGAACCCGAACUCCUCACAGACUUCUGGAGCUCGGCCGUGCAAGCGAAGACCACUGCCACCAAAACAUCACGCUUUGCCUCAUUCCCAGACAACCUGGUUAUUCAGAUUAAAAAGUUUACAUUUGGGCUUGACUGGGUGCCCAAAAAACUAGAUGUGAGUAUUGACGUCCCUGACACGCUGGACCUGAGCGCAUUGCGUGCGUCGGGGCAGCAGCCGGGGGAAGAGCUCUUACCAGAGGUGGCCCCGACCUCACUCAUGACCCCCGAUGUGGAGGUUAAAGGUAUCCUGGGCUCCCACGGCAACGAUGAGGACGACUCUCUCUACUCCCCACUGCUGUCUCCCGCCCUUGACGACUUGACCGUGUCACAACUCGUCGACAUGGGAUUCCCCCUGGAGGCGUGCCGGAAAGCCGUGUACUACACAGGCAACACCGGCAUCGACUCUGCCAUGAACUGGGUUAUGGGUCACAUGGACGAUCCAGAUUUCUCAGCACCAUUGGUGUUGCCUGGCUGCAGUGGCGGAACCACGCCGACGAUGGAAAGCGUCUCUGAGGAGCACCUGGCUACCAUCGUGUCUAUGGGCUUCAGCAGAGAACAAGCAACCAAAGCACUUCGAGCAACGAGCAAUACUUUGGAGCGGGCCGUGGAUUGGAUCUUCUCGCACCUGGACGACUUGGAGUCCAUGGAGGUGUCGGAAGGAGGCCGAUCUGCAACAGAGAGCGAGGCUGCUCGAGAGCCUCCUCCCGGGCCCUGCGUCAGAGACGGGCCAGGCAAAUAUGAACUGUUUGCUUUCAUCAGCCACAUGGGAACGAGCACAAUGUGUGGCCACUACGUGUGUCAUAUCAAGAAGGAUCAGCAAUGGGUCAUCUUCAACGACCAGAAGGUGUGUGCAUCCGAGAAGCCCCCCAAGGAUCUAGGCUACCUUUACUUCUACCGACGGGUGGCGGAAUGAAAAUGUGGGCGCUGCUGCUGCACUUUUUUUUUUUUUUCUUUUUGUAAAAGUGACGAGGGGAUGCUAACACACAAACACAGCUUUUAUUGGCGCACCCCAACAAGCUCUUUAAGAGAAAUACUCCAGCCCGCUUCAUAAUUGUAAAUACUCUUACAGAUUUUUUCUUUUUCAGUUCAAGUUUUCUAAUUUUCCAAGGAAUGAACCCUCACAUAAUAUUGAAGGACUCAUCCAGCCUGGAAUAAUACAUUUCUCUAUUGAUUUGCAAUGCAUGUCUCUUCCCUUGAAAAGUACAAUACAUCACUUUGUCAAGUUUGCCUCCACCUGAUUCACUCAUUCGGAGAAAGUGAUGACAUCACAUCAGCGCUUACGUGUGCUACGAAAGAAAAUAAAAAAAAAACGAACUCAGUUUAAGGCUUAUUGAUGGUUUCUCUGUUUCAUGCAUUUCGGGGAUUUUCGUUUUGUGUUUUGAUGCCGUAGAAGUGAUGUGUGAAUGAGGUGGACACAUUACAUGUGGAAAAUGUGCAAAAAUAUCAGCUCGGUUGCUGACUAAAGCCUGAAGAGUGAAGAGCAAAACGUUUCUUUAAGUGGGCCUCCAACUUUCCAAAGUGCAAAUUUCUUUGUUCUUCCUUUCUUUUGAAGUUGUGCCUCCCACAGUGUUUUGCAUCCUUGCAAGAGCAGCAGAGGAGGAGCAAAGUUUUGGGACUUAAAUGACAAUACAUCAAAUGUAAUUGCCUCUGAAUUAAGGUAAGUAUUUGGGGGGAUGCUUCACAAAGCAAGUUUCCUUCAUAUAAUAUUUUCCAUCCACGGUUUUCUCUCUCUGCCCAGCAACACCUAUUAACCCUUUAACACCUGGGCCUAUUUUGUCCGAAUUUGCAUGCCUUUGAUGUUGCCUUUAUAUUUAGAUCGCAUUGUUUGAAAUUGAACGAUUCCGAUUCCACGUUUCGAUUCCGGUUCCGAACGAUUCUCGAUUCCGAUUAUUUUAAGAAGCAGGGUAAAAAAAAAAUGCAGGGUCCAAAAAAUUGCAUAUUUUUAUAUUAAAGUCUUAACUUCUCGAUGAUUUUUUAAA